GAGAGAGAGAGAGACAACAAAUAAAUAGAUAUGCGUUUUUCCUGCUUCUUUAUGACAAUGACUAUUAGUUCUUGCUGUCUAUUAAUCAUAUGUUUAAAUGCGGUUAUAGCCAAAAACGCUAAACGUAAAUUUGAUGGAGAUUUUGAAUUUGCGGAGGAUGAUUCGAGAGUUUCAAGAUUUAACGAUAAGAAAAAGUGGAUGCAUGUUCCAAAUAAUGAACUUUGUCUCCCAUUAAAUUGUAAAAAGUCAGAAGUUUGUUUGCUCGAAGAUACGUUUACAGCGGUUUGCGUCUCUAAAACAGAAUUUUACAAAUCAAGGUCCAUUGUGAUAUCGAAAUCUAAAUUAGAACAACACCAGAUACACAUGGAUACUUCAGCUGAGAUUGAUGAUGCAUUUUUUGAUUCUGAAGACGAUGAUGACGACCAAGAUGAAACUAAGUGCCAACAGUGUCCAGUUUCAAAUCCAGUAUUCUUUUGCGGUAGUGAUAAUAGAACGUAUAGUUCCAUAUGCCGCUUAGAAUAUCACAAUUGUAUUCAUCGUUCUAAUGUUCGCAUAAAUUGUAUGAAUUUCUGUCCUUGCAAAGAUUCAAAACAUAUGCAUUUAAGAAGAUUACAACUUCAACAUCAAAGCAAGAAAAGUUAUAAAUUAACUUUUACUCCAAAAAAUUUUAAUUAUGAUAAUCAUCACUACCAAUAUGUCAAAUAUUCAAAAGGAAACAAGUAUAAUGCAAAAUAUUUGGUGGAUAAGAUUAUGAAGAAACAAAAUUUACCACUGCAAUCAAACCGACUGCCACAAAAUAGUAAAGAAUGUCCGUCAUCAUCUAAACCAGCAAUGGCCAAUCGCCUUCUUGAUUGGUUCUCUGUUGUUAUAGCGGACUCGAAACAUCAACAACAACGUUCAAAAUCUAAAGGUCACUUUCCAAUUGGUUGUCAAACCGAGGUGCAAUGGAUGUUUGGACAUUUAGAUACUGAUAACAAUGGUAAAAUUUCUUUAUUAGAACUCUAUGGAUUGGAACAUGACCAAAAUGAACCUUGCCUCAAACCGUUUCUUGACGCUUGUGAUAUUAAUAGCGACGUAUUCGUGAGUGGUCCUGAAUGGUGUGGUUGUUUUUCAAAAGCUGAAAGACCAUGUGCAGUAAUGCGUAGACGAGCAUCUCCUGAGGUCACACCAAAUUGUGAUUCAAGAGGCUAUUAUCAAAGUACACAGUGUCAUCAAAGAUUGAAUCUAUGCUGGUGCGUCGAUCAGCAUGGUAUUGAAUUCGCCGGUACACGUACACGAGGCUUGAAACCUAACUGUGAUUCCAUUGUGAAUAAAAUAAGCAGCAAUUUGAAAACCAAUAGUGUUAAUUUCGUAGAUGAUGAAGAUCCAGUACAGGACUUAGAAGGCUCUGCAGAUAUUCCUUUGGAUUUUUAAAAAAAUAUUUAUAACAGCAAUAAUAUUAUAAUAAUGUUGUAAUACAUGAAGAA